ACAAGCCCAAAUGCCCCUAUCGCAUUCUGCCGUCAGAACGCUAGCUCGGCUCCGCCGUGGCGCCGCCGUAUGCGGCGGCGGUAGCUCCGUCCAUUUCGUCGCCAUUAGGUCGUUGAGCUCCGCUGCCACCGGUUCCUCUGUGUCUGAUUCCGACCCAACACUUCCCUCUUCUUCUGAAUCGCAGGGGAAAGCAUCUAGAUGGUUGCUGUUUGUGCCUGGGGCAAUCACAUUUGGCCUUGGGACUUGGCAGAUUUUUAGAAGAGAAGAAAAGAUUAAAAUGUUGGAAUAUCGAGAGAAGAGGUUGCAAAUGGAACCAUUAAAACUCCGUAGUGCUAAUCCAUCAAAUGAGGAAUUAGAUUCUCUGGAAUUUAGAAGGGUGGUGUGCAAAGGAGUUUUUGAUGAUAAAAAAUCAAUCUAUGUGGGACCACGUUCAAGAAGUAUUUCAGGAGUCACUGAAAAUGGCUACUAUAUUAUAACACCUCUUAUGCCAGAUCCCAAUUGUCCUGACAGUGUGGGUUCUCCAAUUUUAGUCAACAGAGGGUGGGUUCCACGCAGUUGGAAAGACAAAUUUUUAGAGGCUUCAAAAGAUGAAAAUUUAGCAGAUGCACUUCCUUCCCCUUCUCAGGCUGACGGAACUAGAUCUUGGUGGAGACUUUGGUCUAAAAAUCCUGUUACUAUUGAGGAUCAGGUCCCGUCUGCUACACCUAUAGAAGUUGUUGGGGUAGUUCGUGGAAGUGAGAAGCCAAGCAUAUUUGUUCCUGCAAAUGAUCCUGAGUCUUCCCAGUGGUUCUAUGUUGAUGUUCCUGGCAUUGCCCGUGCUUGUGGCCUUCCAGAAAAUACUAUCUAUAUUGAAGAUAUUAAUGAAAAUGUCAAUCCAAGUAACCCUUACCCUGUUCCCAAAGAUGUCAAUACCUUGAUUCGAAGUUCAGUCAUGCCUAGGGACCACCUAAACUACACAUUGACAUGGUAUUCCCUUUCUGCAGCAGUUACAUUUAUGGCUUUUAAGAGGCUAAGACAGAAAAAUAAGCGGAGAUAGCAAAGUCAUAGCUAUUAUAGUUGAAAUUGACUCCAUCAUUUGGCAUCUGGAUACAUCUCUAUCUUCCCAAACUUUUCUUCAAAUCUCAAUUUUCAAGAAUCACUUUCAAGCAACUUCAGCUAUUCAAGUGAAGUAUUCCCAGAAAGUUACUCCCUCCUCAAAAACACUGAUAAAUUGAAAGUGAGAUGAUAUAUUUUUUGCACAACACAUGAAUGUUUAUAAUUUUGAUGUAAGAGGGAUCAAAGAUAUAUAUUAUCUGAAAGGUCAUUUUUUUGUUAGAAAAUCAGCUACUGAUAGUAGUUGUUAGAGGAUAUCAUAUGAAUAUAUUUGGAUUAUUUG